AUGGGGACGUGGUGCCACGGGGGUUGGUGGCCCUGUGUGACACCAGGACCGUGUCCCUCGCAGGUUGGUGGCUGGCGGCAGCGAGUGGAGCACAGCAAUGUGAUGCCCCCACCCUCCCUGUCGCUGCACCCCAGCCACGGGGUGUCCCUGGGGGACGCUGUCACCCUCAGGUGCCACCUGCCCCGGCCGGCUGCACGAGUUGAGUUCUACAAGGAAGAAAGCUGGGAACUCUUAAAGCAAGAGGACGUGGACAUGGCACAGGAUGUGGCUGAGUUCACCUUGCAUGGUGUAAACAAGGAAGAUGCAGUGAAAUAUUGGUGCCAGUACCGGGUGUCAAAGCCACGUGGAACAUCGCAGCUGAGUGACCCCGUGGAGCUGGUGGUGACAGAUCUCAUUUAUCCCCUGCCCAGCAUUUCCAUGAGCUCUGGGAGAAACGUGGGGACAGGGACCAACGUCACCAUCCAGUGCCGGAACGAGUACAAUGGGGUCACCUUCCUGCACAAGGACGGGCUCUCAGCCCCUAUCCAGCACCAGAAACCUGAUGGUUGGGGCACGGCCACCUUCACCCUCUUUGAGGUGACCCCAGCUGACUCGGGCACCUAUCGCUGCUCCUACCGCCCUGGGGGUUUGUACUUUCUUUCCUCACUCCUUGGUGAAAACGUGACGCUGGAGGUGAUGCCUUCACCUGCACCCCCAGGUGACGCGAGGAGGUCCCUGGUGGUGGCGGUGGUGAGGGGCUGCGCUGCUGCCCUCGUCUUUGGCCUGGGCCUCUACUUUGUCCUCGAUGCCCUCAGCCUCUGGGUACGAAGAGGUGACAGCCCUGGUGGGGAAGGCAGCUGAAUCCCUUUGACACCCCAUAGAGCAGCUUUAGAU